AUGGAGCACCUACCAGUAACGAACAAAGCGGCUGGAGAGCCGCUCACGAUGAAGAGCCAUGUGCUUGAGACUGGCGCUACGUUGACGCAGGACUUCCGGCCAGUCAAGAACAUCUGCGCGCAUUUGAACGCGUUCCACGUCUACGCGAACGAUACGAGCCGGUUCGUCGAGGCGAACCACUACUGUAGUCACCUGAACGAAGAUGUCCGACAGUGCAUCCUAUACGACAGCCCCGAACCGAACGCGCGUCUCAUCGGCAUCGAGUACAUGAUCACGCCGAAGCUCUACGGGACGCUUCCGCCCGAGGAGCGCCGCUACUGGCACUCGCACGUCUUCGAGGUCAAGUCUGGGAUGUUGAUCAUGCCGCAGCCGUCAGUCGUGGUGCCAGAGGCGGCGUGGGAGAAGGCCGAGAGCAAGGAGAUGGAAGACGUGGUCGAGCUGUACGGCAAAGUGUUCCACCUGUGGCAGACGGACCGCGGCGACAAGAUCCCGCUGGGCGAGCCGCAGCUGAUGACCAGCUUCACGGCGGAGGGCCAGUUCGACUUUGCAAAGAAUGUGGGCGAUCGCGACAGGAGGUUUGGCAGCGACUACAAGAAGAAGCAGGAGGCUAGGAGCUACAUUAAAGAGCCCGAGCUGCAUCCAGAUGCCGACUGGGCGUGGAAGAAGGAGGCGGGUGCGAGUGCGGGAUCGACGUAA